AUCAUCAUUUUUCAAACAGAGACCCAGUUAAAACAUAGAAAAACUACAAAUAUUUUCAGGAAUUUUCGAAUAUCGGCUGAGAAGCUAAUGAUUGAUUUUAAUUUGUGACAAUGGAUAAACACCACAGGUCACGGAAACCAAUGAUGAUGGGAGAUUUCCAGACCCGGAACCUUCAACCCAAGAAGAAUCCUAUCAGUGACGAUUAUAGAAUCACGGGGAGUGUUUUGGGUUUGGGUAUCAAUGGAAAAGUGGUCGAAUGUUUUAACAAAAUAAAUAAUAGGAAAUGUGCUCUAAAGGUUCUACGGGAUAUACCAAAAGCACGUCGGGAAGUGGACCUUCAUUGGAGGGCGUCGGGAUGCCGACACAUUGUGGCCAUACUCGAUGUAUACGAGAAUGUUUACAGUGGACAGAAAUGUCUCUUGGUUGUAAUGGAAUGCAUGGAAGGGGGUGAACUGUUCAACAGAAUACAAGAGCGAGCAGACUCAGCAUUCACAGAAAGAGAGGCAGCAGCAAUUAUUACAGACAUUGCCAAAGCCAUUCAUUUUCUUCACUCUGUCAACAUUGCCCACAGGGACUUAAAGCCAGAAAAUCUUCUGUAUACAAAGAAAGGAGCAGGAGGGGUUCUGAAACUGACAGAUUUUGGGUUUGCCAAAGAGAUUCAUUCAAUAAAAAGUCUUCAGACCCCUUGUUACACUCCAUAUUAUGUGGCACCUGAGGUUUUGGGUCCAGAAAAAUACGACAAAUCCUGUGAUAUGUGGUCUCUAGGUGUAAUAAUGUAUAUAUUAUUGUGUGGUUAUCCCCCCUUCUACAGUAAUCAUGGGGCAGCUAUCUCACCUGGCAUGAAGAAACGAAUUAGGAAUGGACAGUAUGAAUUUCCAAAUCCCGAGUGGAGCAAAGUAUCAAAAGACGCAAAAGAUUUAAUACGAGGUCUACUUAAGACGGUACCCGAGGAAAGGUUGUCCAUAGAAGAUGUGAUGAGAAACAAAUGGGUCGCUGACAAUACUGAAGUCCCUGCGACUCCCUUGUUUUCGGCUAAAAUACUACAAGAAGACAAGGAUAUGUGGCUAGAUGUCCAGGAGGAGAUGACGAAUGCACUAGCAACAAUGCGAGUGGACUAUGAACAAUGCCAGAUCAAGAAUCUGGAGGACUCGGAUAAUCCAAUACUGAAAAAACGCAGGCAGCAAAGGCAAGAAGGGGACCAACCCAUGUAGUUCAAACCAUAGACUAGCAGCAAAGAAAUACAACUCAUCUGAUUGGCUAAUCAUCUCUGAUCAUGUGACUAUAAAUUGACCCAGGAGACAUUCCAUUUAUGUUAAAUCUCACAUUUUUUUGAAUGCAUUUUAGAAUUUGUUCAGGAGGAUAAUACCCCUUUUAUUUGCAUUCUUGCUUUGAUCUUCUUGUUGAAUUCAAUCCCACCAUUAUAUAUCUUUAGUGCACCUUUUUAUCAUUGAAUUUAAGGGUCAUUUGAAUGUACAAUAUUUUGAAUUUUCCUUUUUUACAGAGAGGAAAAAAAAAAUUUUUUUUGAAAGAUUAAAAGUAAUUUUAAGCAAGCUGGAUAAAUUGCUUGCUUAUGUUCAUUGUAAACCGGUAUAUAUUCUACUGCUCAAUUUCUGUUCAAAAACAAUCAAUCAAUAAAAGUACAAAUUUUGUCUAUCUUGCUGAGAAAAGCAUGCCUUAUUACAGUAAAUUGAAAAGCUAGACUGAUUUUUUAUUUUGCAUUUUCUAUAUGUUUCUGAAAUGCAUAUGUUUUAAGUAAACAUUUUCCAUAUUGUGAUACAAUAUGUUAUUGGUAGUUGCAAGCAACUUUUUGUAUUGAUAAAUUGAUUAAUAUACUAACUUUUCAUACUUUCCCUAUUUAUAGAGGAGUUGUAUACCCCCCUUAUGAUCAUAAAUGUUAACAUGCAAUGUGUGUAUUAAGUACUAAGUUAGUACACUGGUGGACAACAAAUUAUUGAUAAAUGGUCAUAUCAGAUUUUGUCCAUUCAUGGACAAGUAAAUUCCACAAGCGUUUGUAUUUAUGUACAUCAUAAAUGAGACCUUCUUUUACCUUUGUUAAAUAUAUUUGCUGAUUUUUUUAUGUCGCUUUUUGUUGUCCUAUAUUUGCCUAUAUAAAUAUUGUAAAGAUUCUAGGUAUAUACAUGUAUGUUUAAUUUUACCAUUGUGUUGUGUUUUAUAUUUCAUAUGAUUUUCAAUCAUUUAAUCUCAUACUGUAAAAUUGUAGCGUUUAUCCUUGUUGGAAUGCACUUAAGAGGAUAAAGAAAGUAUGUAAAUGUUAUGUAUGAAUGAUUUCGUUAGUGUUUGAUUUUUCUCUCUUGUUUCACAAGUGCCUUCUUGGAAUUUUUUUUUUGGUUUUCAUGCUACAUUUGUGGUUUCUUCGUUAUAACUGGAAUUUUUUAAAAAAGUCCUUCAUAUUUACAUGAAUUUCAUUUUAUUUCAAGGAGCAGAUGAAUAUUAUGUAUGUACAAUCUAUUUAUCUAUGUAUAUACAAAAAAUAUGUUCAUAAUAAUUAUAUAUGAAAAAAAUCUUUCAUCAAAUUAAAUAGAGACAUUCCCCUCCAGGAGAAAAAUCAGAUGUUUAAAUAAUUGCUAAAUUUCAAUAAAAUUGGAGAACCUUUGUGAUGGAAUGAUUUGUCUUUAAAUGCGACCUCAUAUUACUUCAUAAUUACAGAAGAAAUACUUUGCUGUAAGGAGAGAGUUGUUGCCCCUUUCUAAGUGCUAUUGCAGAAUACAACUCUUUCAUUUGGCAUUUCUUUUUGGAUAAAGAUAAAAACUAACUUAAAAUUUUGACAUUUUUUUCUUUAAAGGGAAAUUUUUCUUCAUUGAGAAAAGCACUUCGUUUUUCUAGGUUUUAAGAUAUUCGUAUUCUAUAAUGUAAAGAUUGAACAAAUAUAAAAGUGUGCUUUUAAUUCAAUAUGAAAAUAUCUUGUAGAAACCCCUGAUUAGUCAUUUUACACAAGAUGUCUCAAAUCUACAGUGAAGCAAAUUUCAACACCUGUUAUCUCAAUCUUGUUAUUUGAGGCAAUUCAAGAUUUUGUUAAAGUUUUAUAAUCAUGUAGAGAAGGUUUUAAUGCAUUUAAAAAACAUUUUUCUUUCCAUUUGUUAGAGUUAUUUUGAUGUGAAUAAAACAUCCAUAUAAACAUAUAUCUCGGGUUAGUUUACAAUUACAAAUAGCUUGUGAUACUAAGGUAGAAGUGAAUAUCUCUCUAGUAUAUACAGUGUAUUCAUGUCUACUGGUACAAAUUUGAAGUAAUUCUGCAUGUAAUUAUGUAAAUUUUAAUAUAAUGCACACCUUUAUUUAGUUAUUUUCAAAAUUGAUGCAUUUCUUUUAUCAGUUAUGUGUUUCAGUUUUAAACUAUACCUAAAUCUAUGCAGAGAAAUGCUCUUUAACAUCAGGUUUCCUGUAAUGUAUUAUUCAACCUUAAAAUAUUGUUUAAAUUUACAGCAUUCAGAACAUUAGAAUAUCCACAUUUUUAGUUAUAUAUAUACAUGUUACAUACAUUUUUCUUCAUCAAUAUUUGUGGACAGAUUAGACUUUUUUUUUUCAGGUGCAUUUUUGAAAACAAUGAAAAUUACUAAAUUGGAAUUAAUACCUAAUCAACAUUUUGUGAAACUUCUUAUUUUGAACGAAGUGUACAAAAUGUUAUUUUUGAUGUGUUGAAAAUGGCAUCAUUUACAAUUCAUUGUUUCCUACAGUUAUUUAAAAAUAAUAUACCGAUAGUGUUUACACUAGUUAAAAAAAUCAGAGGUUUAUUACUCAAAUAGAACAAACUGUGUGAAAAUCAUUAAUCAUUUAUAAUUACAUCUUCUGUAAAAAUGUCCGUCUUGUAAAAACCUGAACAUUUUAUGUUGUGUUUUCUUGUUUUGUUUUCACUGUCAUGUUUCACACGUCAUAAUAACACACAGAAUUUGACAUUUGUACACUGGGUGAUAUGUAAUGUGUACAUUUUAUUGAUUUGUUUAUUGCAUUUUACUAUUCAAAGUAGGUCAAAAUUAACUUUUUGAAACUUGACUUUUGAUUUUGAACAGAUAGAAUGAAUUGCUAAACUGAUAAUGUUGUAGUUUUAAAUAUAUUGAGAAUUCAAUACCUGUGAGACUAAAAGAUCAUAAUUGUUAAUUUAAAGGUCCAUUUCUGAAAAACAAGAAAAAAUAAAAUUGAUGAAUUUUA